AUGUUUAGAAUUGCUAAGAACUUGGUUAAGACCUUCGAGCAAAGUGUCCAGGGUCUGGCUCAGGAUGGCUCUCAAUUGGAUUCAUUUUUUCAAUCUAUCCCACCUAAUUUACUAGCUACACAAUUGGAACAACAUGAACAAAAUACAAUGGGUGAUAUGGGAUCCUUUAGCAAUGCAGUUUCGGGACUUCGUGUUGUCUGGGUUGACGAGUUACAAUUGCAAUUGCAAUCAUAUUUCGAUUAUAUCGUUGGUUUUAAUGAUAAUCCCUUACCAUUAAUGAGAAAUCAACAUGGUUAUAUGUACCCCGAUUAUAAUGCAAUCAUUGAAUUGCUAAACACAUAUAGUAACAGUAUGAUUAAAUUGAACGUUUGGUGUGCUAAAGGUGGUGUGUUUAGAGAUAUCUAUAUUCAAUUGACCCCUAAGGACGAAACUGAAAUGGAAGAUGUCUCGUUAUCAAAUGGUUUCAAUGGUAACAUUCCAUCAGAAAAUGAACCAAAUAAUGCAGCUAGACUGUUUGAACCCCUGGGUUUCAAAGUACAAUGGACUAGUCUUUUGGCUGCAACAUACACAUACCAUAUCUCACAAUUAAAUAUAUCGAAUGGUCCGGCGCAAUUAGCUGGGUUAAUUCCAGAUGAAGAUUAUAUCAUUGGUUGUCAGGAUGGUCUCUUAGCUACUGGUGGAGAUACUUUGUUGCAAGAUAUUGUAAGGUCCCGUGCGGGCCAAGAACUCGUCCUAUACGUUUACAAUAAAAUAAGCGACUCGGUAAGACCGGUUACUGUGAAUAUUGGUGCGGACGGAAGACUAGGUUGUGGAAUUGGAUCUGGUUAUAUACAUAGAAUACCGGCAGUCAAGCAACAAUUACAAGAACAGCAGCAGCAACAACAACAACAACAACCGCAACAACAACAAGAGAGUUUCCCUCCAAUUGACCCAGCAAACACAUUUACUCCAAGUAAUAUAAAUGAUCCACUUCUUCCAAUGGCCUCCACACAUAAGAAGAAGAAACAUGUAGCUGCUACAAAUAUCAUGACUGAUUAUUUUACUGAGGGGAAGGACCAAUCACCAAGACCAUCGUCUACACCAGUAGAUGUGACACCACCUCCACUAUCGGCACACAAACAAUAA